AUGGCGGCGCAACCAACCGCCCAAGAUGUGCAAGCUUUUCUUCUCAUGACUGGGCAAACAGAUCGACAAGAGGCCAUACUGAGAUUGAAGGGAAACAAUAACAAUGUUCAACAAGCAAUCAAUGAAUACUAUGAUGAUAUGGAGACUGGCAGAAAUUCCAACAGAUACACUUGGGACGACAGCCAAUUCAAUCGGGAUCGUGAGGGAGGUGGAGACCAGCAUGGUAUUUCUUUUGCAGUCCAGGGUCCCGAUGAUUUCGGUUCCUAUUCUCACUUUGAAAGUGCAGCACCUUCUAGACCACCAUCGAGAACUAGUAAUAAUAAGUCACCUUUGAAUUCUAGCACUGCCUUUAGCCAAUAUGUCGACAAUGAUGACAAAGAACUACAGCAGGCAUUGGCAGCAUCCAUGGCAGACUCUAGUUUACCCCCACAACAAUCCGGAGUAGUGGGAACAGACAAACCUUACUUUGGCCCUGCUAUGAGAACGGAUUAUGGAGAUAACUGGGCUAUGGUUCCUAUAUCAACUGUCAAGGAGAUCUAUGUUGAUCCUGAGCCUACUGAUCGAAUUCGGGAUAUGAUAAACAAAGUUCCAGCCUUCCUCAAGCCUACUGGAGACUCACACAGAUUAGGUGCUGUUCUUACUAUUUGUUACAACAUUCCACUUGUCCGUGAGAUAUUCCUUAGAAGGGACCAUGUCGAGACACACUAUCCAUAUGAAGCUGGUUGGUGGAACGGCAGACCAAUAGAGAGACCUAUUGCAUCAUUUCAAGAAGAUCCGUACCUUGUGGCGGAUGAUCGACGAUUUGGCCAGGAGCUCCAGAAAGUCAUGGCUUUCCUAGAUAAGACAGAGAGGAGCUACGGUUCACCGGAUGUUAUUACUACACUUCCAUACAUGCAACAGUACGGAGGGAAUGAUGUCGAAUCUGAGUUCUUCAUGAGCUUCAAUAGGUUAUUGCAAAGUACUGAUUUAUCGAAGCACCUCUUCUCCGCAGGCGUCCUUGGUUCAGACCCGGAUCCAGAUGACACAGAUACAGAAUUUGCCAUAUUUGAGCUUCAACUUCCUUCAAAGGAUUCUCUUUGCGAAAAUCUCUAUGAUGUUGCAGACGAGGCACUAUGGAGCAAUUUCCCUCUCGUUCUUGCUAAGAGCCCUUAUCUAGGUCACCUUGGCGACAUGAUUAUGUUCAGACUCAAAGGUGAUAAACAGAACGACCAAAAAGGCAUCGACGUACCAUUAGUAUGGUACCCGGAUAGAUACCUAGAGUUUGCAGUUAAAGACUCACUGAAUAUGCGUACGAGCAAGCGGAAUUUAGAGCUGCAAAUCGCGGAUAUUUCUCGUAAUGAGAGACAGUUAACAUGGACUAUUCACAAUGGGAAAACACUCCUAGUUGAGGAUGUUAUGAAGAUGUCACUCAAUCAUGAUCAGAAUGAGCUCCCGCCCGGCAAUAGCAAUAUGGACAAUCUUGCCUCCGAUAGUCAUACCGGCCGAUCAAAGAACGCAGAUCUGUCUCAAAAGCUCAAAAAAGUAAUGGAUGAUGUAAAUGCGAAGCUAAAAAGAUUACAAGAUCAAAAAGAGAAAGCUAAAGAAGCUUGGAGGGAGCUUUCGAAGUUGUAUACGGAUCCCGCUAAAAGCUCCCAGCGCUUGCACAGAUACACUCUUCGUGGUGUAAGCUUGACUAAGGAAACGACGUAUAUUUGCACCCGUAUAGAGCCGGAUCUCAUUGAUAUGGGCCUCAGUGAUGACGAGCGCGUUCCUCCUAGCGAUGGCCAGUGGUGGAAGAUUGAUUAUAGCAGCUCGUCUCCUCCACAAAUUACUGUUGAAAGAACUAUAUCUGAGAAAGUUGUUGAGGCUGUCAAAGCUGAGAUCGAUACAGCAAUUCUAGUUUAUGCUUCCGACGAGGCAAUGGAGAUGACUGCAGGUGUAACACCACAUCCACUCCAGGCUUUCGUUCGCGCGGAUAACAUCGCUUUCCGAGAGGAGCUUUCCAGCAUCCCAUUUGACAAUCCUGAUGAAUUACAAUUCCCACCAAGAUCACCAGGAAAGCGUAAGCGUGAUCAACCCCCAUCUCCCUCACACUCCGCCCCAAAUGGACAACGGAAUGGUGUUGCAAAGGAAGCGUCAGACAAUGAGUCUACGGUGACGGUGUCGGCGUCUGUGGCUCUACAAAAUCGCCUUGGUCAGAGCGAUGAAGUAAUUAUGGGUGUUGAUCCAUAUCCUGAAGGGAAGACGCAGGAAAUGCAAGAACGUAGUGGUAGUGGCAUGCUACAAAACUUUACUAGCAACUCCAUUGAGAAAGGUGUGGCCAACGAUGACAUGGAGAUUGAAGAUCUUGAGAGCGAUGACACUCAGGGUGAGGAACAGGACAUAUCGGCUAAUAACCAAAAAGAUGGUGGCGCCAGUAUCAAAAGGGUUGGAUUUGUUGAUCCAUGA